UCCGGAGCCCGAGCGAUAGCGGAGCUUGCUGCAGACAGGAGCGCUCACUGAGCGGCCGCUCGGUGCGUACGGUGCCCCGCACGCCCGCACCCGGCGCAGCCCGCUCUGAGCAUGGGCGCGGCGGCUGUGCGCUGGCACUUGUGCGUGCUACUCGCUCUGGGAGCACGCGGACGGCUGGUGGGGGGCAGCGGGCUCCCAGGAGCCGUGGACGUGGAUGAGUGCUCGGAGGGCACAGAUGACUGUCACAUAGAUGCCAUCUGCCAGAACACACCCAAGUCUUACAAAUGUCUCUGCAAGCCUGGCUACAAGGGGGAAGGGAGGCAGUGUGAAGACAUCGACGAGUGUGAGAACGACUACUAUAACGGAGGCUGUGUCCACGACUGCAUCAACAUCCCCGGGAACUACCGGUGCACCUGCUUUGAUGGGUUCAUGCUGGCUCACGACGGACACAACUGCCUGGAUGUGGAUGAAUGUCAAGACAACAAUGGCGGCUGCCAGCAGAUCUGCGUCAAUGCCAUGGGCAGCUAUGAGUGUCAGUGCCACAGCGGCUUCUUUCUCAGCGAUAACCAACACACCUGCAUACACCGCUCCAAUGAGGGGAUGAACUGCAUGAACAAAGACCAUGGCUGUGCCCACAUCUGCCGGGAGACGCCCAAAGGUGGGGUAGCCUGUGACUGCAGGCCCGGCUUUGACCUUGCCCAAAACCAGAAGGACUGCACACUAACCUGUAACUAUGGAAACGGAGGCUGUCAACACAGCUGCGAGGACACAGACACAGGCCCCAUGUGUGGCUGCCACCAGAAGUACGCCCUACAUGCGGACGGUCGGACAUGCAUUGAGAAGGAUGAGGCUGCAAUUGAGCGCUCUCAGUUCAAUGCCACGUCAGUAGCUGAUGUGGACAAGCGGGUGAAACGGCGGCUCCUCAUGGAGACAUGUGCAGUGAACAACGGAGGCUGUGACCGGACCUGCAAGGACACUGCCACCGGUGUGCGGUGCAGCUGCCCAGUCGGAUUCACUCUGCAGCCGGAUGGGAAGACAUGCAAAGACAUCAACGAGUGCUUGAUGAACAACGGAGGCUGCGACCACUUCUGCCGAAACACCGUGGGCAGCUUUGAAUGCGGCUGCCAGAAGGGCCACAAGCUGCUCACAGACGAGCGGACGUGCCAAGACAUCGACGAGUGUUCUUUUGAGCGGACCUGCGACCACAUCUGCAUCAAUUCCCCUGGCAGCUUCCAGUGCCUGUGCCACCGUGGCUACAUACUCUACGGGACAACCCACUGCGGAGACAUGGAUGAGUGCAGCGUGAACAACGGCAGCUGCGAGCAGGGCUGUGUCAACACCAGGGGCAGCUACGAGUGUGUCUGCCCACCGGGAAGGAGGCUGCAUUGGAACCGGAAGGACUGUGUGGAGACGAGUGGAUGCCUGUCUCGGUCCAAGGCCUCUGCCCAGGCGCAGCUGUCCUGCGGCAAGGUGGGUGGCGUGGAGAACUGCUUCCUGUCCUGCCUGGGCCACAGUCUCUUCAUGCCAGACUCAGAAAACAGCUACAUCCUGAGCUGCGGUGUCCCAGGUCUCCAGGGCAAGGCGCUGCCGAAACGCAACGGCACCAGCUCCAGUGCAGGGCCCAGCUGCUCAGAUGCCCCCACCACCCCCAUCAGGCAGAAGGCCCGCUUCAAGAUCAGAGAUGCCAAGUGCCAUCUCCGGCCCCGCAGCCAGGAGCGAGCCAAGGACACCCUGAGGCACCCCCUUCUGGAUAACUGCCACGUGACUUUUGUGACCCUCAAGUGUGACUCCUCCAAGAAGAGGCGCCGAGGCCGCAAGUCCCCAUCCAAGGAGGUGUCCCAUAUCACGGCCGAGUUUGAAGUAGAGAUGAAGAUGGACGAGGCCUCAGACACCUGUGAAGCAGACUGCAUGCGGAAGCGGACCGAGCAGAGCCUGCAGGCCGCCAUCAAGACUCUGCGGAAGUCCAUCAGCCGCCACCAGUUCUAUAUCCAGAUCUCGGGCACUGAGUACGAAGUGGCCCAGCGGCCAGCCAAGACACUGGAGGGGCCAGGGACGUGUGGCACAGGCCAAAUACUACAGGAUGGCAAGUGUGUGUCCUGUGCACCUGGCACCUACUUCAGCGGUGAGCUGGGCCAGUGUGUGCCGUGCGUGUCGGGAACCUACCAGGACAUGGAGGGCCAGCUCAGCUGCACGCCAUGCCCCAGCAGUGAAGGGCUGGGCCUGGCUGGUGCCCGCAAUGUAUCCGAAUGUGGAGGCCAGUGUUCUCCAGGCUACUACUCAGUGGAUGGUUUCAAGCCCUGCCAGGCCUGCCCUGUGGGCACAUACCAGCCCGAGCCUGGGCGUACCGGCUGCUUCCCCUGUGGAGGAGGGCUUCUCACCAAGCACACGGGGACUGCCUCCUUCCAGGACUGUGAGGCCAAAGUGCACUGUUCCCCCGGCCACUACUAUAAUACCACCACCCACCGGUGCAUCCGCUGCCCUGUGGGCACCUAUCAGCCCGAGUUUGGCCAGAACCACUGUAUCACCUGUCCGGGCAACACCAGCACUGAUUUUGAUGGGUCCACCAAUGUCACCCACUGCAAAAACCAGCACUGUGGUGGCGAGCUUGGUGACUACACAGGCUAUAUCGAGUCCCCCAACUACCCUGGAGACUACCCAGCCAAUGCCGAGUGUGUGUGGCACAUCGCGCCUCCCCCCAAGCGCAGGAUCCUCAUCGUGGUCCCUGAGAUCUUCCUACCCAUCGAGGAUGAAUGUGGCGAUGUCCUGGUCAUGAGGAAGAGUGCCUCUCCCACGUCGGUCACCACCUAUGAAACCUGCCAGACCUAUGAGCGGCCCAUCGCCUUUACCUCCCGCUCCCGCAAACUCUGGAUCCAGUUCAAAUCCAACGAAGCCAACAGCGGCAAAGGCUUUCAAGUGCCCUAUGUCACCUAUGAUGGACAAGAAGCUGAUCAAGGCCCUCUUCGACGUAUUGGCACACCCACAAAACUACUUCAAAUACACAGCCCAGGAAUCCAAGGAGAUGUUCCCUCGGUCCUUCAUCAAACUGCUACGUUCCAAAGUGUCUCGGUUCCUGCGGCCCUACAAAUAGCCAGCCAGCUGUCCUGCUUGGGGAUAGUGGGAACCAAGGAGGAGGGGAGUGCGCCUUCCCUCUACAGCAGGAGCUGGAAGGAGGCUCCGAGGGCCUCCAGGUUGCCUUGGGAAACCCAUGACACCUGCCUCUGGCAAAGCCAUCCAGCCUGUACCAGUCCGUGGGAGGCCUAAACCCAGCCCAGACCCCUCGGGUGGGUCUGCCACUCCUACAUGGAAACACAGCUUCACGAAGCCUUCACCCACCCUUUGCCUCUAUUUCCCAGGACACCUAGAGCAUUCUCUCCUGAACCACCCCAGUGGGCCUACCUGGGCCAGGACACGCUGUCCCCACCAUGUGGGGAACAGGACUACUGUGCCCUUAGCCUGAUGAGAAAGAGGAAGGUGGCCAACUCCCUGCAGGCUCUGGAAAGCCUGGGCCAUUUGUCACCCACACAGGGCCGGGCCGGGCCAGGAGGAGUGGAGGUCCCAUCUGGGAGGUGGUUGAUAAGCAGGUGCCAGCGCCUGCCAAGUCACUACACCCUGCCGACUCCUCCAGCCGUAGACACAGGACACCAAGCCAGGUCAUGGGGCUCAGGGGACUCUGUGAGAGAUGGAAAGGUCCUCCCGGAGAGGAAUCCAUGGGCUUAUGCUUCGCCUUAAUAGAACAUCUAAUGAAGUUCUAUUUAUAUAUAUAUAAAUAUUAAAUAUAUAUAUGUCUCUGUGUGGGCGGGUACUUUAGAAGUGUUCUCCAGCAGCUGUAAUAGUAACCACUGUUGCUAUUUAAUCACUGGCCUCCCCCAGUGAUUAAGCACCCCCCCCAGCACUAGCCACCUCUGUGUGGGGGAGACCAAGCGGCCCCCUCCCUCUGGCCUGGGGAGAACACAGACGUGCUCGAACAUGCUGUUGAAUGUGACUUCUUGGGGGUUGGAUUAGGUGUUGUGGUGAAGCAUUGACUUGGGGUUGGGUGGGGAGGCUUCACAAGCAACAUCACUCCCUCAGAAGAGCAAAAAGCAGCUGCCGCCCUCCCCCUCACUGGCUCUCACUGCCUGCCCAGUGCCUGCAGGUCAUCAGAUACAAGGCCUUCCUCAGGGAUUUGCAGGCUGCGUUCAGAGAGCAGUCCCCACGCCCUAAUGCAACAGGUGGAGAAAGCCAGGCCCAGAGAGAGGAGGCCCCUGAGGCAGAGGCUACUGGGAGCCUACCGAUGCUUCUCGGUCUCUGAAAGAGGGGAGCUCCUGUGUGGCCAAGCUGAAUGACAUCCCACUGGCUGGGGAGUCACCUCAUCACGGAGAUCUUACCUGUGCCUCAGACUGUUUGCUGCCGGCUGUCAGAAUCGCAUAGAAACUGGUCUGUGUUUUUACCAGUUAACAGAUGUUAUAGCUUGGAGGAACAUGGGAGAAUCUCAAAAUGAACUCCAAGGUUUCCUGGUCCCCAUCCCACCCUGGUGACGUAAGCGAAAACACACGUGGCUCGCUGAAGACUGAAGGUGUGUGCGCAGGUGGUGUGUGGGGCAGGUGAGCCAGGCCCGGAGAACCACGGCUUGAUGACAGGACACAGCAAACACAUCUGAGCUUCCUUGGAACUCGGGGACAAGGUACUGCCACCACAUGCAGAGGAGAUCAGCAGCGGCCAUCACUGCACUUGGUGGAAGGUCAGGGCUGGGGCCUCCUGCCUUUCUCCAGUCCACAGUCCCCGCAGCCCAGCUGCACCGGGGAGAAGCUUCCUGUCUUCCUGUUGGGCCGCUGAUCAUCCCCAGAGAAACCAGCAUCCCCCAGGACAAACGAGGCAACACUUACCCUCUCCAGGAACAUGAAGCAAACGGGGACACACAUGAAGGAGACACACUAGGAGGGAAUUGUGGGAAACAGCUCAAAAAAAAUGAUGAUUCUCAAGAAGUUCUCCACGGUUGUCUGUCAUCUACAAACUGGAGAACCGGGAAUACUGGCAGUAUUCAAACCAGAGAUGCCGGGAACUGGGGUGGCCAGUCUGAAGCCCCAAGCCAGGAGCGCUAGGUUGGCUGGCUGUCCCAGGUCCAAUAAAUCUGCCCUCCCUCCAAUUUUGCUCCCCACCCACACUGGUCUACCGAAGGAAGCCACCAGCUUAGUGAGGAAGGGGCUUUUCUCUAACUCCUGAUUCAUAUGCCAGUAAUCUUUCCCAGGAUCCACCAUUACUGCCCUGCCACACCAUAAGAAGCAUUUGGGGGUUCAACCCUGCCCAACUAAGGUGACAUAUCCCCUUAGCCAACCCACUUAAGGGCUUUGGGUUUAGUCUUAAAUCUUCUCAAAACCCAGAAAACAUUAGCAAUCUCAGGUUCUCCUAAGUCCUGCCUACAAUUCCUAAGAGACUUUUAGCAAUUGUCACCUCUGUGCCCAUCAACACAUCUGGCUAUCUCCUCUCUCCAGAAUGCCCCCCCCCACUGUGGCCACAUCAUGUCCAGUGUCCCCUGAGUAGGAGCAGGUACAGUACAAGCCAGGUCCCUCACUCUCAUGUCAAGCCCUUAAUUUUGUAGCUCGCAUCCCCCAAAAAAUAGCCCCCAAAAGCCCUGGCACCUGCCAAAGACAGAGAGGGCCUGUGUGUCUCUCCAGUUUAAUUUGUGCUUGGCCCCACCCCUGGUAGAGCUAUGCACCCGAGGCAACCUAAAGACCUCUAUGGAGGUGAGAGGAAAACCAAGUUGUCCCCUGGGUUCCAGAUCUCAGCCACCAUGUGAGAUCUGGAACUGGAGGCAUCCCAGCAGGACACCCCAAAAGCCUUCCUGACUUGUGUUCCUUGCACCUCCCGGCACUUAGCUUGGCAGUACCCACCUGAGGAAGGAGAACAACCUGUCCUGAGGGUCAGUGGCCAGCCAAGCCCUCCACUCGUGGGUGGCAACAGCAGGGCACAUUCUUUGCCACUCAGAAUGGGCCUUUUGAUUGUCUGAGUCACUUGUACUGGUUCCAGGGCGUCUAGGCUGUGGCUACACCAUCCUUCUCACCCUGGCUCCCUCCCCAAUUCUCAGGCAGCACACCACAUAUCACGGUGGCUAAUGGUGGUGACUGCUUUCCCAAACUCUGGCUCCUCCAGGGCAGUCUUCCCAAGGUCCUUCCUCACUUAGUGGUCACAGAUACCCAGGAGCCCAGCCCAAGAUAGAGACCUGGACCGCCUUUCCCCUCCUGACAUCUUUUAGUUUGGAACACACAGAUGAAAUAGAACCAAAAUGCAAGCCCCAAAUCCUGAUUCAAGAGCUUUACUAGGGAGCCCGCUCACCCGCCUCUGCCAUCUACAAAAAGAGGCCCCGGCCAGCCAGGCGUGGUGUGAACCCUAAACUGAUACAUGGAGCUAAAUAUCUCCCAGAGCCUCCUCUCCUCCUACCCCUCAGCACAAAAAUAAGGGCCUAAAAUGAGCUGGGUCUUUCGGCAGACAUCUACUGGGUACUUACUGUGUGCCAGACUUCUAGAAAGAUUGACUGGGGAACAGUAUGACACAACCUACCCAGGACAGCAGCCUUGCCCCAUGCCUGCUCGUCUGCCACAUGGCCUGGAGGACGGACAGGAGGGCCAGUGCUUUCUUCUUGCCCUGGGACUAGUCUGGAGAGUGUAACUGACCUGGCUAGCAUUGUACAGCUUGCUUCACCAAAGGUGCACAGCAGUAGCCAAGCCCUGCUGUUCAAGCCCGCAGUGCCCAGCUGAUGCCAUUUGAACUGAGGCUGAAUGACUUGCGAGCGAAAACAGCUGUCAAACACAGAAGCAGCGCAGAUAGCGCCUCUCCAGGGCACGACAGCACCGGGUGGGCUUCGACCUGCUUGACCUGUCACAACUUUUGUCAAGGUACCCGUUUGGGGGACUCUUCAGGGUCCAGGUGAUGUGGUAUAGCUUGUGCUCUCCCCCAGCACCCUAUUUAGACAGUGGGUGUUUUGCUGGCUGCACCCUCCCCAGCCUGCACCCAGCCAUAUCAACACAAAGGCCCAGAUGGAAGCCCUGAAAGCCUGAACUCUUAUGACUCAACAGGGAGCAACAGAGGCCGGGGAAAUUCACAGUUCUUCAGCCAGACACUAAGCUGAACUCUCUCUGCCCAGGGGCCCCAGCCCUGUGACAAGGGUGGGGCAGAACCCGUGGUUCAUGGCUGGGCAUUUGACUCAGAGAGACCAAAGUGCCCUAAGUGAGCAGUGAGAAGCUAGAAGAGCCAGUGUUGGCUCUGGUGACGCCCGUCCUUCUUUACACACACUCGGAGAAAGGAUGAACUUGGCUUCUCUUGGGUAGCAGGCAGGGUCCUCACCAUCCAGACCUGACCUGUCAUCACCACCCACAAUGCCUGCACUGACCCUCGGCCCUGCACAGGAGAGAGGCCCGAUGCAUGUCAGCACUUACAGGGGAAGCAGCCGGGCUUUCAAACAGAUCUGUCAGAAAAUUCAGAGCCAAGUGCACCCAGAAGCUAUCCACACUGCUCUAGAGACGGAUACCCUCCUGCACCCCAGCCUUUGUCCUGGCCUACCAAACAUAUGCAGUCUGUCCAGGCUCUGCGUAGCAGCCCUGAGGCGCACUGACCAAUAUCCAUGUAACCGCGUUUGCCUUCAGCUGCCUCAGAUAGUCAAAGCCUUUCUCUAUCAUGUUUCCCCCAUGCAUGUAAUUAAACACUUGUGGGAAUCACUUUAAUAAUAAACAGGAAAUGAGCCUAAGUA